AGGUAUAAAGAUGCUACUAAGCAUUUCACCUCUUCAGUAACUUCUUCGAGUCUGACCUGCAUGGCUAUUCGUGUCGUGUUAGCAUUAUUUACUUGUGAUUAGUUGUGAGUGUGCACUAUGAGAAUUGAUAGAUUUACACAUAUUUUACUUUUCGUAGCUACGUGCCUUAACGUGGACGUGCAAGGAGAUGUAUCGCUUAUCACGAAUCUAAAACGUCCCAAAAGAGAACCUCCAGUAUAUAGACCAACAAAAAUUAUACGCACAACAAGAAGGAAGCCAAAACCAAUUUAUGGCCCACCAAAAUUGAAAUAUGGACCUCCACCUAAACCAGUAUAUGGACCACCAUUUUUCUCAUAUCGCCCCUCGAUUUCACAAUCCUACGGUACACCAUCUUCAUUUUAUGGAGCCCCAUCUCCGACAUAUUCAGAUCCUUCACCCAGUUAUGGUAUUCCAUCCGCAUCAUAUGGACCUCCUGCAUCAGCAAGUCAAACGUAUGGGGCGCCUAGUCCAAGUUAUGGACCACCAUCGCAAAGUUAUGGUGCACCAUCCGUAAGUUACGGUCCUCCUAGUCCUAGUUACGGCACACCUAGCAUGAGUUACGGACCACCCAGCUCAAGCUACGGAGCUCCUAGCCAAAGCUACGCAUCCGCAAUGCAUAAUUACGGACCUCCUCUAUCGACGUAUUCACAACCGAAACAAAACUAUGGUGCUCCACAGAGCCCAUAUAGUAGUCCUGUAGUAUCAACUACUAGCUACAACUCUCCUACCCACACCUACCGGGCACCCAUAGUCAACGAAGUUUAUAGUACUUAUAGUGCUCCUUCAAGUACUUACGGACAACCUUCGACAACUUACAGCCAAUCUACGUCUCAAUUCCCAUCAAUGCCAACAUAUCCUGCUACGGUACCAUCUCAUGGCUACGGUUCCCCUUCGCCAAGCUACGCUCCAAGUAUGCCAUCUCAUUCUCCAAACUAUCCUUCACCUUCAAGCGGGUACGAACUUCCAUCGCCGCAUUAUGGCACACCACCGCUGAGCUACGAGCCACCAUCUGCAAGUUACGGAACACCAGGAGCAGUUACAUCAUAUGGUACACCUGUGCAGUCGUCGGCUACAGGAGAUACUUACAAUCCAUCACACAAAAGAUCUGAGUAUGUGGAAAACAGUGCCUUCGUAACACUUGACGACAGUUAUACGGCACAUACUUUUAUCUCUCCCAUUGCAACCAACAGGACUAAGGCACAAUUAGACAGCAAACCUAAAACAAACCAUUAUAAACCAAGUACAACUAUCGAAUUACACAAACUUACAAAUCAUUCAUCCGCAGAUUAUAAACAAUCCAACCACAAUUACGAAGGUGGUGGAAUUCAAGACGAGCACUUCAUCACCUUCGCAAAUGUUUUUAGAAAGCCUUCAAGUAAAACGAAGCCAGAAAAGCAUCUGAGUAAAUAUUAUCAAAAUUACAAAUCGACGAAGAAAGUUUUUAAACCUUCACCGGAAAUAAAAGCAGAUUCUAACUUUUAUUCCAAUGACGACAAUCCUAUGGCCUUUGAUUUUAAACACGAUUCAGAAACGGGAAAAUUGUUGCAAGAAGUUUUAUAAAGUACGCACCUAACCAGAUAAAACGGUGUGCAAUUAUAAAUUGGGAAUGUUUACUUUUUCAUUUUACAUGGCCAUAAAGAGUUAGUGCAUAAAGUAAGUUGUUUCUUCAACUAAUUUAUUUAUUGUAAAAUCAUAAAGCGCAAUAGGUAUAU